UUCGAUGCCUUUUUUUUUCUUUGGUUUUCGACGAAAGAUUUGGCAUAUCUUCUUGGGCACACACAAAAGUCUAGAAUUCACACCAGGUUCGCCUAUGUGGAAGAAGUUGCAGGCGACGCAAACUUCGAUCACAAUGGCCGACACGAAUCCAAUUCAAUCGUUUGGGUCAACCGCAGCCACCAACGCAUUUGUCGGGAACCAGUUCUCAGGGACCACUCAUAUCAACGUCAAUCAAGCAUCUGGCAAUUUGCGACGACUCUCGCCGGAACAAGAAAGAAACGCCUGUUUCCGUUCCCUUGCAUUCCGCGACAUUGAUGCUCGUCAGAACGACAUCGCUCCUCCACAUCCAGAAACAUGCGAGUGGCUGUUCGAAUCGCCCGAGUUCCAGCAAUGGCAAGGCCCUGGAUGCCGCGACACACACAAUGGCGUGCUUUGGAUCAAAGGGAAGCCGGGCGCAGGAAAAUCGACCUUGAUGAAACAUGCUUUUCGCCGCUUCCAAAGAGACCUUUUUCGCCACCACACCAUCGUAGCCCAUUUUUUCAACGCUCGAGGCGACAGGCUUGAAAGGACAGCUUUGGGCCUACUGCGAUCGAUGGUAUACCAGCUGCUGCGGAGCGACAACGCGCUCUACGACGAGUUCGUUGAGAUGUUUCGCGAUAAGCAAAUACAUUGCCAUAAUACACAACUGGAAUAGCGCUUAUCGGAACUUCAACAAUUCGUACACUCUACUGUACAGCAGCCACCGCGUCCCAUUCUACUGCUUAUCGAUGCUCUAGACGAAUGCGACGAUGACGAAGUUCGCAACAUGAUCCAUUUUCUCGAAUCACUGAGCCUGGAGCCCUCCCGAGCAGAUAAGCAGCUGCAAAUGUGCUUAUCGAGCCGCCAUUACCCAGCCAUCCGAAUGAACAAGUUUGUCGAAUUGGCAGUGGAAGGGAACCAAGAUCAUCGAGAAGAUAUUGCCAAGUAUACCAGGAAAUGGUUACGGGGUAACGAUAAAGAGAUGGAAGCUGAAAUCGUGCAAAGAGCCAGCAACGUUUUUCUUUGGGUCGUCAUAGUGGUGUCCCUGCUGAACAAAGCUUACGACGAAGGCCGCAUCGAAGGCAUGAAGAGGAUUUUGGAGGAAAUCCCGGAUGGUUUGGAGAGGCUAUUCUCCACCAUUUUGGGCCAAGAUGUCCCUGAAAAGGCUGUGACACUUCGAAUGCUCCAAUGGGUGCUUCUCAGCGAGGAGCCACUCACGGCUAAGGAGCUUUUCGCAGCGGCAGUCGGAAUCCCUCUCCCUAGCCGCGAAGUGAUAAAGCGACGAAUCACCACUUCCUCCAAGGGCUUGAUUGAGGUUAGGAAAGGGGAACGGGGCACCGUUCAGUUCAUCCAUUUGUCCGUCAAGGACUUUCUGUUUCGAAAGAAAAUCCUGCAAACUCUUGAUCCGAGUUUGGGGCCUGAGCCAAUUAUGGCUAGCCAUGGCAGACUCUGGCGUUGCUGUUGGCAACUCGUCGAGCAGGCAGUCACUGCAUCGGCAACUCUGCAAAACAUCAGCUGGCUAUUUCACGAGACUCCGUUGCUUCGAUACGCUGCGCACCAUAUCCUCUUUCAUGCCGAAGCGGCUGUGCCUACUGACCAGGCAUAUCCUCUCGAAUCCUGCGACAUUGCCGAGAAACCAUCCAUUGAAGAAUGGAUACAGAGGCCAGACGCAUGGCUUCAGCGGUUGAAUCAUUUGCGGAUUUAUACCAAUGAUUUGCCACUUGAGCAGGAAGACGCCGGACUAUUUGAGACACUAGCCCUUGGUCGGCUUCCAAACUUAUUGACGCUGUGUUUAAAGAGCGCCAACAUCAACGAGCAACGAGGCGAUCUCGACAAUGCCCUGGACACUGCUUGUAAAUCUGGAUAUCAAAAUAUCGCGGAACUUCUGCUUGAACACGGCGCCGACGUCAACGCGCAAAGCGGUUAUUUCGGUAAUGCCUUGCAAAUUGCCUGUUACAACGGAAAUAAAAAAAUCGUGGAGCUGCUUUUUACAUACGGCGCCGACGUCAACGCGCAAGCCGGCGCACACGGUAGUGCACUGCAGGCUGCUUGUUACUAUGGAUAUCAAAAUAUCGCGGAACUGCUGCUUAAAAACGGCGCCGACGUUAACGCGCAGGGCGGCGAAUACGGCAAUGCCCUGCAGGCUGCUUGUUACAAUGGAAGUCAAACAACCGUUAAAAUGCUUCUUAAAAACGGCGCCGACGUUAACGCCCAAGGCGGCAAAUACGGCAAUGCCCUGCAGGCUGCUUGUUCCAGAAGAAGCCAAGAGGUUGGGGAGCUGUUGUUUGACCACGGCGCCGACGUUAACGCCCAAAGCGGCAAAUACGGCAAUGACCUGCAGGCUGCUUGUUCCAGAGGAAGCCAAGAGGUUGUGGAGCUGUUAUUUGACCACGGCGCCGACGUUAACGCCCAAGGCGGCAAAUACGGCAAUGCCCUGCAGGCUGCUUGUCGCAGUGGACAUCAAAAUAUCGUGGAGCUGCUUCUUCAAAAAGGCGCCUUACAGUCAUGCAAAAAGGAACUUCAUGUCUUUGAUGACGGAUUUUGUUACAGUUCAUCAGGUGUAGUGGAUGGAGGGGCUAUGGGGCGGAAAUAGGAACUAGAAUCUAGGUAACGGAGGAUCAAUAAUCAAGGGGGCUUAUUCAUUCGUAUGUGUAUGUCCAGUAUUUGUCGCUUUGGCUGGAUGGGAACCAACGAAUGUGUGCUUAAUCCACCAUAACUCGAGGUUGUUAUCUAAUUCUGCCUAUAAGUAAUUCUCGAG